GAGUGGCUAAGUUGAUAUCCAGGGCCAAACCGUUUGUCGAAUAGUAUAAAACCAGAUCGCUCCAUCCUGACGAUAGGCAUUCACUCCCGUGCCACUGCAGCAAUGCGUUCUCUGGCUCUUCUCAGCGCCCUUGUGGCUGUUGUCCAGGCUGAAAAAUCUUACGCCAGGAUCCAACAGCCUAUCAGCUACUCAGCUACUGAAUAUGCUUCUCCAGUCACCAAAGCUGGCUACGCUUCCCCAGCCGAUGGAGAUGUUACCCCAGCCUCUACCUACGCCAUUAAAGUUUCUCCCUACGCUAUACCAGUUUCUUCUUAUGCUACCGUCCCUCUGCCGUACGUCCUACCCCACAGCAGAGCGGUGGUGACUGCGCCUCACUCGGCGCCUUACGCUGCGCCUUACGUGCCGCCUUACGCAGCGCCCUACGCAGCGCCCUACGCUGCGCCCUACGCGGUGCCCUACGCUGCGCCCUACGCAGCGCCCUACGCUGCGCCGAUUGCUUCGUCGCGUGUGGUCGGGGACAACACCCAAACUGUGGUCCAGCCCUUCACUUUCGUGCUUCGCAGCAGCAUUGCACCCUCAGCUGUUGUGACUAAUGCCGCUCAGACCCGCGCUGGCUAUGCGGCUCAUGGUUAUGCGGGUGAUUACAAUGGCAAGAACAAGUAAAGGGUACAGCCUUAAUGGGCCUGCUCCCCACGCUGUACUGGUUGCAGUUUAUUGUCAACGGAUACCGCGGCGAAAACUCCAGACAUGUCUCUGAUAGAGACUCGAGAGAUAUGCUGAAAGUGUCACACGUGCACUGAAGAUUGAAUGGAUGAACCCGCUGAACCUUGCUGAAUGAUCAUUUUCUGCUGCUUUCUCGGUACUCUGCAGUUUUUCGAUGGAUGUGAAUAAACUUCCCUUAGCAGAAUGAAGAAA